UGGCAGGCCACUCCUUUCUUCUCAUUUGUCUCCUCCAGCCUCCCUCCUCACCUCUUCCCUUCACUCAUUUUUACUAACAUGGCCUUCACGGGGAAAUAUGAGCUGGAGACUCAAGAAAACUAUGAGGAGUUCCUGGAGGCAAUCGGUAGCAGACUUCUCAAUGCCAAGACAGACUACAAAGUGGUGACAGAGAUAUUUCAGGAUGGUAACGACUUCACCUGGACACAGAUCAUCCCUAAGUGGACCUGGUCCAAUAAGUUCACUGUCGGAAAGGAGUGCGAGCUGGAGACAAUGAUGGGCUCCAAAUUCAAGACCACAGUCACCAUGGAGGGAGGCACGAUUUCAAUGCAGUUUCCCCAAUACCUUUUCACAGCAGAGAUCAGCGAGGAUAAACUUAUAAUGAAUUGCACAACCCCAGGACCAAAGGGUGUGACUUUCAACAGAGUCAACAAGAGGAUCUAACGCUGCAAAUCCCAACAUGCCCCGACAAAAAUAUUCCGUUUCCAAACGGGGCAAAUCUCCACCUGAGGAAGCUGUAGGAGACACAGGCAGAUGAUGGAAAAUACUUGAUCCCCGCUGAUGACGUUGAACAACAAACAGACUAAAGAAUAGCAUUACUAAGCUCUGCCAUGAAUUACUGUUGCCAUCUCGAAUGCUCAAAAGGCCGGGCAUUAUUUUGUACUGCACUCUUGAUCAACGAACUCUUGAACUCCACAACAUGUGUUGAUGUUCAGUUUUGUCUUAUUAAAAAUGUGCAAACCCUAAAUAUGGUCGAGAAUUGUGUAAAACACAUUGAUGCAUUUCAUAAAAUGAAAAUGAUUUUCGUAUAUGUUGAUUGUGACCUGCCCUUUGGUGAUAAUCAACUGGAGUUUUUUUUUAAAAGAACAAUCUAUGAAUCAUUUAAGAAUGUAAUACUGAGAUGGGCAGGCAAGGCAAAAGCAAAUUUAUUUGUAUAGCACAUCUCGGCACCAAGGUAAUUCAAACUGCUUUGCAUAAAAAAGAAAAGGCAUUAAGACAAAAUGUAAAAGCAACAUAAGGCUAUAAAAAGACAUUUAAACACAAAUCUACUACUACUACUUUCGGCUGCUCUCGUUGGGGGUCGCCACAGCGGAUAAAAGGAGUAAA